UCAUGCAAUAGAUGGAGUCUGCGAUUCAAUCGAAUGUCAACGGCGUGGAGACAUGCGCGAUGGAGACCCAGGACAUUGUCAAGGGUAUCGCAGUUGUCAGCAACGAAGGGAUAUCGGCCGGAGCAAACACCACAGACUGUGCAGUGGUCCUUGCGGCAAUUUGUGAGCAGACUGCAGACAUGAUGACGGAUGGUGAGGCCAGUGGGAAUGAUGCAGGGUGUGUUGUUGCAGACGAGAAUGUGGUCAGGACGUCAGCAGGGACUCUCUUCCCCUAUGACAUCAAUUGGGUGCCUGGUCGUCUUCAACCGGGUAUCGUUGGAGGAGCGCCGUACUUCGCGUUCAAAGUCAAUGGGGAAUGGGUUCCAUAUCCCGUCCCCAAAGCGACGUCGUGGAGGGGCGUGACUCUGUCAAUCAUCUUCGACAGAGUGCUGAGGUUGAACGAUGAGGUGAGCGCUGACGAAAAAUCGCGGCAUGUGUUGAAACUGUGGCAUGUUCUGGACGCGAAGGGCGAGUUGAGGCUCAAUGAUUUUGAGUACGACAGUGUCGACUGCGGAGAGUCAUGGGUGAUUGGCGGGUUGGACACUGCAGCGAGUUCGGUUUGCCCACAGACUGAUGCCAGGAGGGAUCCACGGUGGGGUUGGGUGCCACAUGACGGCCCGCUUCUUUGUGGCCGUGUGAAGGUGCCGAUGCGUGAUGCCAUGGGGAAUGUAUGGACCACGUGUUAUAUAAACGACAACUUCUCAUCUAGGCACUUGAACAGGGAGGUGACUGAAGAGGAGAAAAUGGCGAUGGCUUAUCCCACCCCAGCUGCUCGUUGUUUUUCGCCGCCUCUUCGAAACCCUGUGGAGCUCGAGGUGGCAGAGGGGAAAGUGUUCGCGGGUUACCAUGGGUACACAUACAGGCAUACCAGAGGGGAGGACGCUACUGCUGAUGAAAUAACCACGCUGAGAGAAGAGGUCGAAAGACAAAGCUUGUGCAUCAUGUCGAUGUCGGUAGCACAGGUGGCGAAGGCUCUCAAAGAGGUGAUGAAGUAUGCAGGGGAGGGCUUCCACUACAACGGCCGUGGCGAGUUGUCUUUGUUGGAGGAGAGGGUGCCGGGGUACUUUGUUGUUAGCGUGGAUAUGAGAUCCACGAUCAUGGCCAACGGCAGUGGUUGUGUACACGCACGAACACUCUUGGAACGAUUGAGAGAGUCACCUGAUGUUCGUGUGGACAGCGACGCGGAAGACAACCCAUACACGUCAGCAGGAGAGGAGAUCAUUAGUGGCAGACCAUUGUUGGGGGGCUUGUUGGGUUGUGCUUUGGAGCGGCUUGGUCUUGCAACCUGCGAUGUCGAGAGACAGAGAGAAAGGGAAGAGGGUUGGAGGCUGAUUGCCAGCGAAACAAGGUUACCGGUCAUUGAAGAAACCGGGGAGACAUCAACAGCACAAGAUACGAGUGGGACGAUGGUGGUCGACGUGUCUACCAUGCACACAUCAACGACAGAGGACUUGGUGUAUAUAGACAUGUGUGAGGGUUUCUUCUUAGGGGAACAACAGUUGGUAGAGCGCAGAGACGAUGCAGAGCACAGAGAUGAUGCAAAGGAGGAGGAUGAGGAAGAGUACGAGGGUUCUGACGUGGAGGUGAGCGGCAGCGACGUCAGCAGCGACGAAGAGGACGACGACAAUGAUGUGUACUACGAUCUCAAGACGGCCUGUAGACAAGUAACCAAAGGUUGGGCACAUGCAAUCCUCAGAACAAAGAAGAGAAUAUCCUACAAAGACGACAGAACAGUGGAGACAAUCGAUAUUAGAGGGUCUGACGACAGGCACAGCGGACCCCAAGUGGAAGAAGAGGAGGAGCACGACUGUUCCGCGCCAGAGAAGUCAGAUGGUGCGGUGGACGAGGAACCAGGAAACGAGGGAGACGACAACGAUUCUUCCCGCAGACAAUCGCAAGACACUGAUGAGAACGACGACAGCGACAGCAAGUCGGCCAGCGAGAGAACCGGCGAAGACCAGAGCGCCGCUUCGGAAAGAGGUGGUUCGCCAUUUCCUUCAAGGACGCUGCGCAGAGAAGGAGAACGGCAGACACGCAAUGGCAGCGACACCGAGGAGCGUGUCGGUGACAGACAAAUCGUACAGCACGUCAGCGCCGCUGGAAAAGUGCGCGCAAGCGGCGGAGCCGUGCAAGGACCGAAGGACGAGGGCGCCACAUUCGCGAAGAAAAUGAAGGGCAAGCUGUUGCGUUCCAUCGCCAAAGCCUUUGCGUUCUCUGCGGCAAACGACGCAACUCUGUACCCGACAGAGGACGCGUUUUUCGCGGCGGUGCAAGCGACGGCGAAACUGGCAGGGGAGACAGCAGAGGAAGGGUUGCGGUCUCACAUAGCAGAGUGCGGGAUUCGAGCUGUCAUAGGGGAAUGCAACAAAAUGAUGACGACGAUCCACGGAGAGAUUACAUGGCAGCUGAAACAUUGGUUUUGGGAUGAAAAAGGGAUUCCGCUCGUUGGAUCGCAGCAAACGGACCACCACCUCCCCGCUCGUAACAAGAUGCGCACCGAGAUGAAGGAGAACAAGACGUGGAGACGGAGCGGCGACGAUCCGUGGGGCGCCCCCGCCUUCAAGACGACACUCUUAAAAGUUUUUCAGAUGAGGAAGGAAGGCCGAAACCUGGGCGUCACCCUGCAGCAUCUGACUUUUGCGGAGAUGGUCAUUCAAUGUGAGAUAGAACAGACAACGAAGACGACACGAGCUGCGGAGCAGAUAGAAAAAUUGGUAUCUAUAAAGCAGGCAAUCGUCUCAUCUCUCCGUAGCCGAGAUACGGUAAUGAGUUUUUCCGUGACUGAGAAGGCAGCAGCGCUCUUUCGCUCUGGCACGCCGUCUGUCCACAAGCCUGGGCCUCCAAUCACCACAAUAACAGAUGACGAUUAUGAUAUCGAGUUCAUUCUCCCUCGGAGUACAGCAGCCGGAGACGGGGACAGGCGCACCGACAGUCUGUGCGCCGCACCCUUAACAACGAGGGACAGUUUGGCGACAUUUCGACAUGGAAAGGAGGAUGCGGGGCAAUGACCAAACGGUGGAACGAAAGGUUCUUUUUUUAGAUGUUUCGAACCAGGAGAUGCAAAAUCGAAGGCCACAGUCGGUGCAGGA